AGGGAGGGCGCAGGCCCCAGCACUGGGAUAAGUUUGUCCACCACUGCUACAGCGCGGAUUUGACUGGGGCCGGCUCGCUAGCUAUGGGCCAUCGCCCACCUGUCCUCUCGCUGUGUGCCUCUGUGUCUCUGCUGGGUGGCCUGACUUUUGGCUAUGAACUGGCUGUCAUAUCCGGCGCCCUGCUGCCACUACAAGUGGACUUUGGGCUGAGUUGCCUGGAACAGGAGCUCCUGGUGGGCAGUCUGCUCUUAGGUGCUCUCCUCGCCUCCCUGGUUGGGGGCUUCUUCAUUGACUGCUAUGGCAGGAGACGAGCCAUCCUGGGGAGCAAUGUGGUGCUGCUGGCUGGCAGCCUGAUUCUGGGUCUGGCGGGCUCCCUCCCCUGGCUGCUCUUGGGCCGCUCAUCCGUUGGCUUCGCCAUCUCACUGUCUUCCAUGGCUUGCUGUAUCUACGUCUCAGAGCUGGUGGGGCCGCGGCAGCGGGGUGUUCUGGUGUCACUCUAUGAGGUGGGCAUCACUGUUGGCAUCCUGUUCUCUUAUGCCCUCAACUAUGUCCUGGCCGGCACCCCUUGGGGCUGGAGGCACAUGUUUGGCUGGGCAGCCGCACCUGCUCUCCUGCAGUCACUCAGCCUCCUUUUCCUCCCCGCUGGCACAGAGGGCACAGCAGCCCACCAAGACCUCAUCCCGCUCCAGGGAGGGAAGUUCAGCAAACCGGACCAGGGGAAGCCGCGGUACACCUUCCUGGACCUCUUCAAGACCCGGGACAGUAUGCGGAGCCGGACUGUGGUGGGACUGGGGCUGGUGCUGUUCCAGCAGCUAACAGGACAGCCCAAUGUGCUCUAUUACGCCUCCACCGUCUUCCGCUCUGUAGGCUUCCAUGGAGGCUCCUCAGCUGUGCUGGCUUCUGUGGGGCUUGGUACUGUGAAGGUGGCUGCCACCCUGACGGCCACGGGGCUGGUGGACCGUGCAGGCCGUAGAGCUCUUCUGCUUUCUGGCUGUGCUCUCAUGGCCUUGUCUGUCAGUGGCAUAGGCCUGGUCAGCCUUGCUGUGUCUCUGGACUCAGGCCCCAGUUGCCUGGCCACAUCCAACACCAGUCGGCAGACGGACCUGCAUAAGGGUUCAUUUCCACCACCAGUGCUACAAACCAGUGGGGACCAAGGACAACCAUUCCUGACAAUCACAGAGAGAACCAAGCGCCAUCCAGUCACCACAGUGUCCCUGGGACCAGCUCUUAAUACUGCCUCCCCAGUUCCCCCGGCUCCCAUCUUGGAACAUACCCUGCUAUGCUGGGCUGCACUGGUUUGCAUGAUGGUCUACGUGAGUGCCUUCUCCUUUGGAUUUGGACCAGUGACCUGGCUGGUCCUCAGUGAGAUUUACCCAGAGGAGAUCCGGGGGCGAGCUUUUGCCUUCUGCAGCAGCUUCAACUGGGCGGCCAACCUCUUCAUCAGCCUUACCUUCCUCGACCUCAUCGGUGCCAUCGGCUUGUCCUGGACCUUCCUGAUGUAUGGGAUGACUGCUGUUCUUGGCCUGGUCUUCAUCUACUUGCUUGUUCCCGAAACAAAAGGGCAGUCCCUGACUGAGAUAGAGCAGCAGUUUCAGAUGAACAGGUUCCCUCUGCACUUUGGACACAGGCAAAACCCCAGAGGUAUCCAGUACCACCGCCUGGAGGUCUCCUCAGCCUCCUGAGGGUCCUGUCUGCUUGGAAGGUGCUGGUCUAUUGGUUUCUGCAGCUCCAGCUUCCUGUCUGCUAGGGUCUGGAACUCAUGAUCCAGGUGUCUUUCCAUAGUGACCCUGCCCGAAAGGCUGUCUCUUGCUGGGGUGAGAGAUGAACCCCUUACUCUUCAUUUUGAGUGUGAGACUCCAGGGACUCUGGAAGAUCCAGCUCUGUGCUUCAGUGUCCCCAUGGGGUUGGCUUGACUGCCAUGUUUAUGAUGACAUCCUCUGUGGUGCCUCCACCGAGGACUUCUCAAGUGGCCUGGGAAGAAGUGUCUCUGUCUUCCUGUCCACUUGCCAGGGUCUUAGUGAUCAGUGGCCUGUUUCAUCACUCCCUUCCUCUUGCCCAGGAUAUUUAUUGGGUACUGGGACUCGGACAGGGGACAAGAGGCUGCUGCUUUAUGACCCUGGCUUCAGUUUACCCAUGGGUCCCACAGAAACCUGGACCAGGCUUCUCCUAAGAUCUGUUUUCACACCACAGGGAUGGAAUCUCAGAGCAGGGACAGAAACACUCAGUGAAGGCCCUGUCACGUGGUCCUGGGAUGGAAGCUUUGUUAGCAGAAAAUGUACCUACAUUGGAAUGCAAGAGCUGGCCCCCAACAUGUGACAAGUGCCAGAGUAGAGCUGGGGGCUUCGAAGGAAGAAAGAAGGGCUUGGAGGGGCUCACUCAGGUGUUGGUGGUUGUGGCUUCUACUUUAGGUGCUAUUGGCUUCCUCAAGCCUCAACUUUUCCACCUGCAGAAUGGGCAGAGUUGUGCCCCUCAGGAUGUAUUGAGUUACCCCAUCUCCCUCAGGAGAGUCUUCAGUGAGCUCUGGGGGCUUCUGCUCACUGUGUUACACAGGGCACCUCCUUUGGGGAAUUGUAAAAGGUCAGUCAGCUGGAGUCCACCAAAUGGCUGAGGUCACCUCCUUUGGGCAUUGUAAGAGGUCAGUCAUCUGGAGUCCACCAAGUGGCUAAGGUCAGAGGUCUCAUAAGAAAGACAUAAAAAAGACAGAGUGGGCUCCUGGACACUGGGUAGCUGACCUCACGGGCACUGUAAGUCACACCCUUCUGGUUUCCAAGCCUGGCCCAGUGACCUUGCUCUUUUUCUAGAUAUUUCAUUUAUAGCCAGUGACGUGACUGGAUUCAGCUUCUGCAGACUGGUUGCUAAGCACUGUCGUUAUUUUAAAAUAUUUUGAUUUAUAGUAAGCAAUUACGGUAAUUAUAAUAGGCAAUGUGCUGACAUCAUCAUCUCCUACCAGGUGUGGUGGCACAUGCCUGUCAUCCCAGCACCCAGGAGGCUGAGGCUAGAGGAUAGGGCACUCUAGGCCAGUCUGGCUUUAACCCUUGUCCAACUAAAUAAACAGGGGAACACAGAAACCAAGCCCGUGUCGAAGCCACCUCCAAGUUUUCCUGCCACAUUUCUCACUCCUCAGUGCCGCUGGUCAUCUUCCUGGCUGGGGGUCUCACUGGCUCUGCAUUCGGUGCCUUCACAGUAAAUGCUGGGCACGUCUUUGCAUCCCAGCAGAUAGGGAACGCUGCAGACCAGGCUUUGGUCUAUUGUUUGCUUGAGUUUUCUGGAGAUGAGAAUGGCCGGGUCAGGGGUUAAGGAGCCUCCUGUGUGUAGCUGGUAUAUUGAAAACAGCACAGAAAAUGGGGCAUGUGUGAAAAUUCCUCCACUCUGGUCAGUUCGGCAGACACUGUUCAUGGCCUCGAUGGAGCAAGAGGCUCUGAGGUGCGUCUGCCCUUCGGGGAUGCGUGUCCAUCUUGUAGCCCCAGCUGCACAUUGACUGCUUACGGAAUGCUCUUUAGAUGACGCCUUUUCCCACGCAAAUAAAUGUAUUUUAAAAUAAAUUAUUUUGAACAAA